GGAAAUCAGGUCCAGUGUCCAAAGGGAGUUUCUCAGAUGCAGAGGUUUCUUAAUUGUGCGUGGUGGUGUGCAGGAUGCAUUGACCUAUGAUGAUGUGUAUGUGAACUUCACUCAAGAAGAAUGGGCUUUGCUGAAUCCUUCACAGAAGAGUCUCUACAAAGAUGUGAUGUUGGAGACCUACAGGAACCUCAAUGCUAUAGGAUUCAGUUGGGAAGACCAUACUAUUGAAGAACAUUAUCAAAGUUCCAGAAGACAUGAAAGGUAAUUUUCAUGUGCACGUUCAUAUGAAUAUAGCUCUGAAGAAAUGUUAAUGUGUCCUGGAACUUUUAAGGAAAAGCAACAGUGUAAAAAAA